AUGGUUUUAUGUCCAAGAACUGGUCUUGGACGACUUUUAUUAUUCGUUAUUAUUAUAUCAACAAUAUCUUAUCUUGUUCUUAAUUUAGUUUCAUUUGGAGGAACUCCAUGGAUAACAUAUACUAAUGUUUCAAUUACUUUUGGUCUUUGGACAGUUUGUUAUACAAGUGAAUCAGGUGUUUGUAAUCAAUGGGCUGCUAAUACAUAUGACUCAAAUAUAAAUGAUAUAUUUACAGGAAAACCAGGUUUUAUUCAAAGUAGUCAAGCAUUAGAAAUAAUAUCUUUGAUAUUUUAUAUAUUUGCUGCUUUUCUUAUUAUACUUGGUAUAAUAAAUCUUGGUGGAUUGUCAUUUAAAGCUAUGUUUCUUGCUGCUGCCAUGCUUUUAUUCAUUUCCAUUAUAUUUAUAUCAGCAACAUUGGGUGUGAUGUCUGUUCAAGGUCGUAGUAAUUACUCAGGUUUUCUUGAUUGGGCAUGGUGGAAUGGUCUUGUUGGUCUUAUUAUGACAAUAGUUUGUUUUUUUUCAUUAUUUGCUCUCAUUCUUGAUAUGAAAUUAUCUCCAUCAAAUAGAGAAACAUUGAAAAUGAAAAAGAAUUCAAAAAAACAAAAGUCAGUCGAUGCUCCAUCUCUACCUGCAGCGUCAAUUGGUGUUCCGUUAUCACCGGUUAAUUCACCAUUGUUUUAUUCUCAAGCACAAAUCCCAACAGAUGUUUUAUCAAGUCUACCAAUGCAUUAUCCAUAUGAUCAAGGAUAUUUAAAUCAACAUUCCCCAACUGAUUACUUUAAUUCACCACAAUAUAAUUCUAAUAAUUAUUUUCCAUACGAUUCAAUGCAAUAUGGAGGUCAAUAUCCAUUUGGAUCAUAUGAUUAUAAUCAAACUCUACCACCCAUGAUAUCAUCAGGAGCUCUAGAUUAUGCUUUACGUGCUUCCGAUGCUCAAUUUCAACAAGAUCUUAUUCAGCCAUAUUAUACAAAUACUUAUCUUUAG